CAGCAGUAGAUCUGCUCACUGCCUCAGUCACAGCUCUGUGACAUCCUUCCUUCAGGGAUUUCCACUUUUAUUCUUUUUCUCUUUUUAUUUUCUUCUGUCACUCGGGUCCGGACUGAAGCGGCCGGUGACCGGGUGUCUGAGAAGCUUCACUGACACACACAACCGGCUGCUGCACGUCAUGACAGGCGAAAAAUCCAUCCCCAUAAUAAAUGGAAAAGCAGAAGAAAGCAUGGACCCCGAAGCGGCAAACCCCAGCGCAGUGCGGAGCAACGAUAAGAAGGUGGUGAAUGAGAGAGGACAGUGGAAUAAUAAGGUGGAGUUUGUGCUGUCAGUGGCUGGAGAGAUUAUUGGCCUCGGAAACGUCUGGAGAUUCCCAUAUCUGUGUUACAAGAACGGCGGAGGCGCUUUCUUCGUGCCGUAUGUCAUCUUCUUCGUCUGCUGUGGGAUCCCAGUCUUCUUCCUGGAAACAGCAUUAGGUCAGUUCACCAGUGAAGGAGGCAUCACGUGUUGGAGAAAAGUCUGCCCACUGUUUGAAGGCAUUGGCUAUGCGACCCAAGUCAUUGAAGCACACUUGAAUGUGUAUUAUGUGGUAAUAUUGGCAUGGGCUAUUUUCUACCUGUUCAACUGCUUUACAACAGAGCUGCCCUGGGCUUCAUGUGGCCACUAUUGGAACACAGAAAACUGUGUGGAUUUUAACAAUGAAAGCAUUGCCAACUUCACCAACCCAUAUUCCACAUCACCAGUCAUGGAGUUUUGGGAGUGA